UUAUGCAUGUCGCCAGUGGGCGGAGUCUGCUGGCCCGGGGUACAGGCGGGCGCUGAUUGGUGAGAACGUCAACCAAUAGGCUUCGGGGUGAAGACCGACGGUCGCGGUCGGCUGCCGGAGACGCGUCAAGAUGGUUCUGGAGAGCACGAUGGUUUGUGUUGACAAUAGUGAAUAUAUGAGGAAUGGAGACUUCCUACCAACCCGACUGCAGGCACAGCAGGAUGCCGUCAACAUCGUAUGCCAUUCCAAAACACGGAGCAACCCUGAGAACAACGUCGGGCUCAUCACAUUGGCCAAUAACUGUGAGGUGCUCACGACCUUGACCCCUGACACAGGUCGGAUUCUCUCCAAGCUUCACGCUGUCCAGCCCACUGGGAAAAUCAGCUUCUGCACUGGCAUCCGGGUUGCCCACUUAGCGCUUAAACAUCGUCAGGGGAAGAACCACAAAACACGGAUAAUUGUAUUUGUUGGAAGUCCCGUUGAAGACAAUGAGAAAGACUUGAUCAAAUUGGCCAAGAGACUGAAGAAGGAGAAAGUAAAUGUGGAUAUCGUGAACUUUGGAGAAGAGGAAGCAAACACAGAUAAGUUAACAGCUUUUAUCAAUGCACUGAAUGGAAAGGAUGGAACAGGCUCCCAUCUGGUGACAGUACCUCCAGGUCCAAGCCUCGCAGAUGCUCUCAUCAGCUCCCCCAUCCUAGCUGGGGAAGGAGGCACUAUGCUGGGACUUGGAGCCAGUGACUUUGAGUUCGGUGUGGACCCCAGUGCAGAUCCUGAACUGGCCCUGGCUCUCCGUGUAUCCAUGGAGGAACAGCGGCAGCGGCAAGAAGAGGAGGCCAGGCGAGCAGCAGCUGUGUCAGCUGUGGAGGCAGGAAUUGUCACUCCUACUGGUGAAGAGCCAGAUGAUACCGUUCUGAAGAUGUCAGUAACCCAGCAGGAGUCCCCGGAAGCUGGCCUGCCAGAUAUAAGCAGCAUGACCGAGGAGGAGCAGAUUGCCUACGCCAUGCAGAUGUCCCUCCAGACACCCGAUUUUGGGAGUGCUACCGAUUUAUCGGGCAUGGAUGCUGGUACCGCCAUGGACACUUCAGAAGCUACAGCCAAGGAAGAAGAUAACUACAAUGUCAUGGAGGACCCAGAGUUCUUGCAAAGUGUGUUGGAAAAUCUGCCUGGGGUUGACCCUAACAACGAAGCUAUUCGCAAUGCCAUGGGCUCCCUGCAAUCACAAACGUCAAAAGAUAGCAAGAAGGACAAGGAGGAAGAGAAAAAAUGAAACUUACUGGCCAGAGUUUGAGAGAGAGCUUCUCUGCAUUGCUGCCCAAUGUUAUCUGCAACACAACAGUCCACAUACUGUAGUUUUCUGUUGCAGUAAUAGCUGCAAAUGAUAGAAGUUGUACUCAGAUAUCAAUUUUUAUUUCUUUCGUUUGCCACGUACUGUAUUAAAGGUCCUGACUUACA